AUGGAGAUCUACAAAAUCACCAAGCCAGACGAAUGGACCUAUUUUGCCAAGGGAUCAGCUAACAUUUUGUUCAAGUACACGGGCGAUAACGACUAUUUAAGACAUAAGUUGUUGCGACUAAGAUUGGUCAAGAGUGACGAGGAAUAUAUAUCAACGUGCGAAUUGUACGAUUUCAUCGAGUUGAAGUGCAAGCACUUGUUCUACUCGCCGCAGCAGGUUAUCAUUGACAUCCAAUUGGUGGUGCUAACGAGGGAGUUUGUUGCGAAUCUAAAUAGCCAUGGGCAUAAACUACAGUUGCGAGAGCGAUAUGGCCUUUUACUACCCAAUAUCCUCGAUGGGCAGUAUGCCCGGUUCAACUUGCUGAAAAACUGCCAACUAUAUAUCAACAGUGGCCACCACCCUCAAAACCACCAAGAGACAGCAGCGAAUGGCACAACGAGUAUCAACACCCCGCAGAGAAACGGCAACUCGCAUGUGCCCUUGGCUGACUCGCCCACCGCAAACUUGCCCCCCGACGUCAAGAUCGACUCUGUGAUUUUCGAAAUCAAGCCGAAAUGGCUCUACGACAACACUUGCCAAAACUACUGCCGCACGUGCUCCUACAACCAGCUCCGCCAAUACAAGCGACAUUUUUGCCCGCUCGACUUGCUAUUCCCCGAAACCAUCGACCAAGGGCUAGACGACAUCUUCUCCGCUAUACCACCAGCAACACUAAACUUGAUUGAAUCCCGAAACAAAUUCCCCUUGAAACAGCUUUUCCGCGCGUAUUUGCAGAACCCCAACAAUGUCUUUUUGAAACUCAAACAGUUUCAAAAAAUCAACAAUCGCAACGACUUGAUUGAGAACUUGACGAGCUCGAAAGAUGUGAGCCAGAACUUGUCCUUGGUGAUGACGUUGCGGGACGUGGGGUUGUUUAUCAAGUUUGAGAAGUAUGAUCGAUGGAACGACGUGCAUAACUCGCAUAAUAACGUUAACAACUUGAUUUCGCUAAACGCCGAGUCGAAGGCGGAUGAAGAGGAGGCGAACGAUGACGAUGAGAGCAACAAGUACCUCAUCACGUGCAACAUUUACGACUUGGACUUGAAGAGCAAGAUGAAGUACAAACACUGGCUCAAGGUGGAGCACGACUUGCAGGAGAUUUACUAUUCGGAUAACGGGCAGUGGCGGCAUUGCACGAGGGUCAAGCACUCGAACUAG